GACUGUAUUUUGGAACCGAACCGGAAGUGUCCCAUUUCGUGACAGUCCGCCCACUCAUUCAUUUUGAAAACACUUGCACUAUGAUUUUAUUUUAAUAUUUCUUGGAUUUUAUCCGUGGGUUUUAAGUGAUUAUGGCGACAAAACGCAAAGUGGAGGUGGCUGUCCCAGCAGAGGAGAGUGACCAGCUCCAUAUUCGUCCGCUAGGUGCUGGCCAGGAGGUUGGGAGGUCAUGUAUUAUCUUGGAGUUCAAAGGAAGGAAAAUUAUGCUGGACUGUGGCAUCCACCCUGGUUUAGAAGGAAUGGACGCCCUCCCCUAUAUAGACUUGAUCGACCCGGCUGAGAUCGACCUGCUGCUCAUCAGCCACUUCCACCUUGAUCACUGCGGGGCUCUGCCUUGGUUCCUCCAGAAGACCAGCUUCAAAGGCAGGACCUUCAUGACCCACGCCACCAAGGCCAUCUACCGCUGGCUGCUGUCAGAUUACGUCAAAGUCAGCAACAUUUCUGCAGAUGACAUGUUGUACACGGAGACAGACCUAGAGGAGAGCAUGGAUAAGAUUGAGACCAUCAACUUCCACGAGGUCAAGGAGGUAGCAGGAAUCAAGUUCUGGUGCUACCAUGCCGGUCAUGUGUUGGGAGCGGCCAUGUUUAUGAUUGAAAUAGCUGGAGUCAAGCUGCUGUACACAGGAGACUUUUCUCGACAGGAAGACAGGCACCUCAUGGCAGCUGAGAUUCCCAGUGUCAAGCCAGACAUUUUAAUUAUUGAGUCAACAUACGGCACACACAUCCAUGAGAAGAGAGAGGAGCGGGAGGCUCGCUUCUGUAACACAGUCCACGACAUCGUCAACAGAGAAGGCCGUUGUUUGAUCCCCGUGUUUGCUUUGGGACGAGCCCAGGAACUGCUGCUCAUCCUGGAUGAGUACUGGCAGAACCACCCCGAGCUCCAUGACAUCCCCAUCUAUUACGCCUCAUCCCUGGCCAAAAAGUGCAUGGCCGUGUACCAGACCUACGUCAACGCCAUGAACGACAAGAUACGCAAGGCCAUCAACAUAAACAACCCUUUUGUCUUCAAGCACAUCAGUAACCUCAAGAGCAUGGAUCACUUUGAUGACAUCGGCCCCAGUGUGGUGAUGGCGUCCCCUGGCAUGAUGCAGAGCGGCCUCUCCAGAGAGCUCUUUGAAAGCUGGUGCACAGACAAGAGGAAUGGAGUCAUUAUCGCUGGAUACUGUGUGGAGGGAACACUGGCCAAGCAUAUCAUGUCUGAACCGGAGGAGAUCACCACCAUGUCAGGACAGAAGCUUCAGCUGAAGAUGUCAGUGGAUUACAUCUCCUUCUCGGCCCACACGGACUACCAGCAAACCAGCGAGUUUAUCCGGGCCCUGAAACCUCCACAUGUGAUCUUAGUCCACGGCGAGCAGAAUGAGAUGGCUCGUCUGAAGGCGGCGCUGAUCCGAGAGUACGAGGACAACGACCAAGUUCACAUCGAAGUCCACAACCCUCGCAACACAGAGUCUGUCACCCUCAACUUCAGAGGAGAGAAACUUGCCAAGGUGAUGGGUUCUCUGGCGGAUCAGAAGUGUGUUCAGGGUCACAGGGUGUCGGGCAUCCUGGUGAAAAAGAACUUCAACUAUCACAUCCUCAACCCCUCUGACCUUUCAAUGUAUACAGAGCUGUCCAUGAGCACAGUGAAGCAGACCCAGGCCAUCCCCUUCACCGGACCUUAUUCGCUGCUCGUCUGCCACUUGAGGAACCUCACAGGUGACGUGGAGGAGCUUGAUGGGACUGAGAAGAAAACCCUGAGGGUCUUCCAAAACAUCACAUUGAUCCAUGAAGUCGGCAUGGUUCUGCUAGAGUGGAUCGCUAACCCUCUCAACGACAUGUACGCCGACGCCGUCACCACUGUGGUGCUGGAGGUCCAGUCCAAUCCAAAGGCUCAGAAAGUCAUGGAGACCCAGAGUGCCACUUUGGACAUGGACGUCUUCCACAGCAGACUAGAAAUCAUGUUACAUGACAUGUUUGGACCGGACUACGUGGACUUCAGUGAUGAUAAAAACAUCUUGGUGACAGUCGACGGGAAGACGGUGCACAUUUGCUUGGAAACAAGGUCUGUGUGCUACGAGGACGACAGCAUAGAGGAUGACUCCCUGAGAGAGAUGGUGGAGCUGGCCGUGCAGCGCCUCUUUGACGCCCUGAACCCCAUCACGUCAGAGCGCGGGCGAGGCUGUGCUCCAAUCACCAAUUAAGAUACACGGGUUCAAACCCGUGUAUCUUAGUAGUUUGUGUUGAUGUUCCAUGGAUUAGUUCUGUGUUUUUAACCUGCAGGUACUUGAAUUUAUUUAAUAAGUUAAUGUUUGUUUGUUUUUUCAACUAAUGUGCACUGAUAGGACACUUUGAUUUUAACUUGUGAACUGUGAAUUUUAAUUGCACUAAAUGCUGAAAGAAAACACGUGUUUUGAUGGAGGACACCAUCUAAACAUUUCAAAGUACUCUUUCCAAGCACUGCUUAUUUGUUACUCGGGAUGCUCCGACUGACUGGCCAUCAAUCAGUAUUAGAUGAUUUCUGUAAAAAACAUGUGAUCAGCAUAUGCUGAUAUGUCUCUCAAUGCCAAUCACUUCAAUUGAUCUGCAUGCAACAGAAAUGCGGUUAGUUCCGAGCUCGUUUUUGUCCCACGUUGAAGUAUAUAUCACAUACAUGGGGCACCACUGACUUUUUCCAAGUAUCACUGAACAAUCUCUCAUCAUUAUACUAAAUAUGUAUUGUCCUCAAAACACUGUGUGAUUGUUUAAUGAACCUAAACAGUAUGCCCAGGCUUAUGACGGUGACUCCUCGCUUUCCAUCUGAUUUUCAGUCACUCACAAAAGCCUCAGAAUAUUAGCUAUAACUCAGACUUCAUGCCUUUAUAAAAUGACAAAUAGUGAUUAAAGAUGGAGACUCUUGCAACCUGGACACUGAAUUUAUUGAUUUAUUAUUCUUAAGUUAAGCAGGACAGAUUUCUAAAAAAAUAAAUACAUUAUAAAUAAUUCAAUUCUGCACAAAAAUGUACAGUGAGAUCGGCAUCAGCCUGAUUUUUAUCGGAAUCUGCAGGAUAAAUGCCUGAUCGGAGCAUCCCUACUUACAGUAUUCCUUAAAAUCUCUGAAAAGCAGCAGUGAUUUUUGACAAUAAAGGCACAUUAU